GCGGAAGCGGGCUCGGUGUUGCUGCUGAAGACGAAGAAGAAGAAGACGCACUUCCGCUGGUCCACCCGUCGCAGAUUACACUUUGUACAGCGAGACAACCAAGAUGGCAGGCCGACGUGUAGCCCUGAAAUCCAUCGACUGGCUGGCGUUUGCUGAGCGUGUCCCACUAAACCAGAGGAGCAUGUUCAACGCGCUGAAGACCCGCAGUGAUGCCAUCUCUGCAAAACUAACCUCACUGCCAGAGGCUCCAGUAGCCAUCGACUGGAGCUUCUACAGGAGCAAAGUGGCCAAAGUCGGAAUGGUUGACGAGUUUGAGAAGAAGUUCAAAGCCCUGCAGGUCCCUGAGCCUGUUGACACGCAGACAAGCGCCAUCAACGCACAGGAGGCUGAAGCUAACAAAAGUGCAUCAGCCUACAUUGCAGCUUCUAAGAAUCGCAUUGCUGAGUUUGAAGAAAAGAUGAAUAAACUGAACAGCAUGGUCCCCUUCGACCAGAUGACCAUCGAUGAUCUCAAUGACGUCUUCCCUGAGACGAAGUUGGACAAGGUCAAACACCCCUACUGGCCCCACAAGCCCAUUGCGGAAUUGUAAUCCUUUUACCUGAAACUCGCCUCAUAAUAAAGUUUAUGUAUUGUAUAGAGAAA